AUGGCUACUCAAGACUGCAAGGAAGCCACCGUGGACUUCAUCAUCAGCGAGGGAGAUCCCGAGAUGGAGGCGGUGGCAGACGACAUUGCAACCAACCUUGCCAAGAUUGGCAUCACGCUGAACGUUCGUAGCCUCAAUGAUACAGAGUACGACGAGGCAGAACUGAACGGAGAUUACAACAUCCUCUUUACGCGCACAUGGGGAGCACCCUACGAUCCUCAUUCCUACUUUGAUUCUUGGGCAGUACCAGCUCACGUGGAAUACAGCGCCAUUGGGAAUCUGGAGCCUCCCCUGACCAAUGCGACUCUGCUUGACAAGAUUGCCAAAGUUCAGCAAGAACUCGAUCCUCAGGUCAUUCAAGCUAAAUGGAAGGAGAUCCUCAACGAUGUCCAUCAACAGGCCGUCUUUAUGCCGCUGUGGGGCACCCGUUCGCCCUUUGUGGUUAGCCGUCGCCUAACAGGCUUUUCUCCUGGCCCGCAGGCGUAUACCCUGCCUCUCACCAGUGUCCAAGUGGUGGAGGGAUCCUCCACGGUCACUCUUUCGCCAGGCGUGGGAUCGCUGUUUGGUACCGUCGGGCCAUUGAAUCCUCAUCAGUACGGUCCCAAUGCCCUCUACGCUCAGGCGUGGAUCUACGAAGGCCUCGUCGGCUACGGACAAGGCGGAGAAGUCGUACCGGCUCUAGCCACCAGUUGGAAGACGGAAAGCAAUGGCGAUGGUCAGCGUGUCACCUUUCAGCUUCGCGAAAACGUCAAGUUCCAUGACGGAAGCAACUGGAAUUGCAGCGUUGCAAGGUUGAACCUCGAUCACGUCCUCUCGGAUACGGUGCGACAACGACACCAGUGGUUUGGUGCUGGCAAGUACCUUUCCAACUGGGAAUGUAGCGAUAGUGGCGAAUUGGUUUUGGAGACAUCCACUGCCUUUUAUCCACUCCUUCAGGAGCUCUCCUACAUUCGCCCACUUGUGUUUGCUUCGGCCGAGGCCUUUCACAAUGGUUUGGACUCUGAUGCCGACGAGCAUAACUCCUGUGAGCCUGGUGGGUUUGGUGCGGCCAAAUGGGAUUUCCUCGAAGAGACCAUCACAUGCAAGGGCUUGACAGAUCCGAUUGGAACGGGACCCUUCAAGUAUGUAUCUCGUGAUGCCCACCCGGAAGAAGAAGGCAAGGAUGCCAAGGUGGUGUUUGCUCGCCACGAUGAUUACUGGGGUCAGAAAACUGGCAUUGAACAGCUGGAGCUCGUGCAUUACCCCGACCAAAAAGCCGUUGAGGAAGCUCUCCUGUCGGAAGAGCUCGAUAUGGCUUUGGGCGUGGGACCACUCUCUGCCCAGCAAGUCCAAGAAAUCAAGUUCUACCACAGCGACAAGUUUGAUGUCCGCCAUAGCGAAGUGACGCAACAUGCUCUCCUCGUCAUGAACACGCAAAAGUCUCCCACCGACGACAUUUCGGUGCGUCGCUCGGUCAUUCAUGGUAUUGACAAAUCUACCUUUUUGGAGGAAGAGUUUGCUGGACUGGAGCAAGCCGUGACGCAGCUUCUCCCAUUGACGGCGCCUUAUUGCAACGUCGACUUGAAUCCCAAGUGGUCGUAUGAUCCUGAGAAAGCACGCUUGUUGAAUUGUCCUGCUCCCGUCGAAUCGAGCGGCAUUUCCACAGGGGCCAUUGUUGGAAUUGUGGCUGCUUGUGUCGUCGCUGUGGGUUCUCUUGUGUUUGCCAUGCAUUUGAUCGACAAAGAAAAGCAGGGCAAGCCGGUGUUUGCUCCCGAGAUUGAAGUGGUCGAGAAGGCUGAGCCCGCCUAA